AUGGAAGAGCCUUCUAGUCAUGCCGACAAUACCGGAACCCACUCUGGUAACGCCCCUCAUGCCACAACUGGCGUUGCUGCGUCCGAAGAAGUCGGCGAUGGCGACCCGCCCGCUAUACCGAGCGCGAGCUCGUCCAAUUAUCUGACUGAAAAGUCCGUGGGCGAGUCUCGCUAUGGCAACAAAACCACUACAAUAGCUUCACACAACGACAGUGAAAGAGCUCACGCGAAUCGUGUCGCACACACGCUUAGUAUUCCUGCUCUUGCAACGCAGCUGAAGACUGAUGUCUCCACCGGUCUCUCCACCGCAGAAGCAGAACGUCUUCUCCAAGAGCAUGGACCUAAUCGACUCGAAGCCUCCGGAGGCACUACCUGGUGGCGUAUUCUCAUCCGACAGGUCGCGAACAGCCUGACCGUGGUACUGGCGCUGGCGAUGAUCGUCAGCUGGGUGACACUCGACUUUAUCGAAGGAGGUGUCAUUGCCGCCGUCAUCAUCCUGAACAUCGUUGUCGGCUUCUCCCAAGAUUACCGCGCUGAGCAGACCAUACAGUCCCUCUUAGCAUUAGCAGCACCUGACUGUAAUGUCAUCAGAUCCCGCCAGUUCAUGACAACCAAGGCCGAAAAUCUAGUGCCCGGAGAAAUAGUACAGCUGACUGUUGGAGACAUCGUACCAGCAGACCUGAGGCUGAUGACUGCUGUCAAUUUCGCCACCGAUGAGGCUAUGUUGACUGGAGAGUCCAAACCUUGCACCAAAGACGCUGAAAUGAUCUUCGAGGACAACGACUUGCCUAUUGGCGACCGCACCAACAUCGCUUACUCUUCUACUGUCGUCACACGCGGGAGAGCUUCUGGUAUCGUCUUCGCAACGGCAAUGGACACCGAAAUUGGCAAGAUCGCACAACUCUUGCGCGAGAGUGGACGAACACAGGACAAGACGCAGAACUGGCCGAUACGUACAGCCAAGUCUGCAUGGCAUGGUCUCAAGUCCGGCCUGGGCCUGAUUGGCACACCUCUCCAAGUCAAGCUCUCUUACUUCGCUUUGAUCUUGUUCGCACUCGCCAUUCUCCUCGCGAUCAUUGUGUUCUCCGCCAAUAGCUGGGAGAUCGACAAUGAGACCCUUAUCUAUGCCAUCUGUGUCGGUGUGGCUGUCAUACCGGAAUCUCUGAUCGCCGUAUUGACCAUCACCAUUGCUACUGGGUCCAAGGCAAUGGCUCGCGGUAAUGUAGUGGUACGCAAGAUGGGCUCGCUGGAAGCAAUCGGAGCUGUUACAAACAUAUGUUCGGACAAGACCGGUACACUCACACAAGGCAAGAUGCUGGCCCGAAAAGCGCUUCUUCCAAGUCAAAGUCUGCUCACGGUAGAUGGAGAGGGUAGCCCAUUCAAUCCAGAGACCGGAACUGUGAAGCUUAACGACCAUAUUGUCGAUCGCAAUAUCAUGGUAUGCCCAGGUGAACUUCAAAGCUUCUUUCACACAGUUGCCUUAUGCAAUCUGUCUACUAUCUCUGCGCCAACAGACUCAGGAUUAUGGUCAGCCACCGGUGAGCCCACAGAAAUCGCCCUGCAAAUACUAGCCAUGCGCGUCGGACAAAGUAAGAAAGAUAUCCUUGCAGAUCAUCCUAUGACCCUGCUGGCGGAGCAUGGCUUCGAUUCGGCAAUCAAGCGCAUGUCAGUCGUCUAUCAAGACGACCGGACUGGCUCAAUCUGCUCAUACACCAAGGGCGCUACUGAAGUUCUUCUACCUUUACUCAGUCUGGGCGCCGAGCAGCAGAAAGAUAUACUUGCGAGAGCAGAUUCCAUGGCAGCAGAUGGAUUGCGUGUGCUCUGCUUAGCCCAUCAACACCUUGAUCCCGGCAUGACAGAGAAAGUAUCUGACCGCGACUUCAUCGAGCAGAAUAUUACUUUCGGUGGUCUGGUAGGCCUUUACGAUCCUCCUCGUCUCGAGUCAGCUGGCGCAAUAAGGCAGUGCCAGGCCGCUGGUAUAACUGUACAUAUGCUCACCGGUGACCAUCUGAAGACCGCUACGACUAUUGCAAAGGAGAUUGGUAUCCUCGGCCCUCAAGUCCCAUCCUCUGCCUCAAGCACCGCCGUCAUGACUGCCUUGGAAUUUGAUAAGCUAUCAGAUCGAGAACUUGACCAAAUGGAGACAUUGCCAUUUGUACUUGCUCGAUGCAGUCCAUCAAGUAAACUGCGCAUGUUGCAUGCUUUGCACAGGAGAGGGCGCUACUGCGUGAUGACUGGCGACGGCGUCAACGAUGCUCCAUCACUAAAAGGCGCCGAUGUGGGUGUGGCGAUGGGACUGAACGGAAGCGACGUUAGUAAAGAAGCUGCCGAUAUGGUCCUAACCGACGACAACUUCGCUUCCAUCGUCUCAGCCAUCCGCGAAGGACGCCGCUUGUUCGACAAUAUCCAGAAGUUCCUCCUCCACCUCCUCAUCUCAAACAUAUCCCAAGUAAUCCUCCUCCUCGUCGGCCUCGCCUUCCAAGACCGCUACGGCAUCUCCGUCUUCCCCCUCUCCCCCAUCGAAAUCCUCUGGGCCAACCUAAUCACCUCAUCCUUCCUAGCCAUUGGCCUCGGACUCGAAGGCGCCUCCGCAGAUAUAAUGACCCGACCCCCUCACUCCCUCAAAGCCGGUGUUUUCACCAAAGAGUUAAUCGUGGACAAGUUCAUCUACGGCAGUAUCAUGGGCUGUCUCUGCCUUGUAUCCUACGUUAUCGUCGUCUUCAGAAUUGGAGACGGGGAUCUGGGAAUCGAUUGUAAUGAGAACUUCAACGAAACGUGCGAUCUGGCGUAUCGGGCUCGAGGGACGGCUUACAGUGUCCUCACUGUCCUCCUCUCAGUCAUGGCGCUGGAAGCUAAACACCUCACUCACAGCCUCUUCAACCUCAACCCCGGCUCAGGAAACAGUCUUGUCCAGAAUCUGCGCCUCAUCACGCAGAACCGUUUCCUCUUCAUCGCCGUCUGCGUGGGUAUGGUGACGCCCUUUCCGAUCAUCUAUAUCCCCGUUGUCAACCACGUGGUCUUUCGACACGACCACCUGGAUGGUGCGGACUGGGGACUCGUGUUCGGGAGUCUGGUACUCUUCGUCGCAAUGGUGGAGGCUUGGAAGGCUAGUAAGAGACGCAGACUGCGGUCUCGUGAUCGGGUGGCGGAAGAUCGGGUCAAGGAGAGUAGUGAGGGCUCUAGCUUUGUCUGA